AUGACUUUCGACGUGGAGUGCAUCGAUCAACUAAGUUCCACAUUUAGCGAUAAAACUCUAUCCUUAGCCCCUGUGAAACGCUGGUACAAUGAUUUUAAUCGUGGCCAAGGUUCGCUCACUGAUGAUAUUCACGAAUUUCGUGAAAUCAGUUUUUGUUCUCUGUUCCCGAUUCCCUGUGAGAUUGAGGGAACCUUAGGCUUUAGUUCCACCAGCAUAUAUAAAAUAUUGCGCCAGCAUUUAACUGUGAGAAAGGUUUGCUCUUGUUGGAACCCACAUAAAUUCACAAAAUAUCAAAAAGAUGCUCGUGUCGUUUGGUGCACAAAUGCUCAAGAAGUACGAGAACAAUGA